AUGUCUGUACCUUCCCUACUGGACCUCACCAGCUCUCAAGUUAUGGAUUUUAUUUUUGAAGGUACCCUCCCACCAUCCGCCUACCAACUCGACCCAGUCAUCAGCAACCGGUUAUUCGAGGAGUACUGUAGAAUCUAUGAUAUAGAGAUCACGAAGAGUGUAAUGAAGGAGAUAUGCUCGAGGUUGAAUGUGACUAGAGUGGAUAUGAGACAUUGUGUCGUUCAACGGAGUGAGAUUCUCAUUCUCCAGAAUCUCAAUCUCGAGUCGUUGAUGAUGGGCAGUUUGAUGUGUUUGGAGCCAAAGCAGAUUACCGCACCCUCAACAACUCUCAAAAUCGAAGCACUCCUGAAGCGAUGUCUCAAUGAAGAGUCGCGGAAAUCGUUGAAACAUUUGGAUUUGAGUCAAACGGGAAACGACUAUUUGGAUGGAUGGGUGGAGAACAUCUCCAAACUCCUCCCCUCUCUCAUCAGCCUCGGUAUCGCUGGUCGCCCGCUAAGCGCCACGGAAUUCACCACACUCUGCACGUGUUACCCGAAUCUUCGAAAUUUGGAUAUUUCUAAUUCAAAUGUGAAAGAUUUGAAGGGAAUAUCAAAUCUGAGCAAUUUGGAGGUCCUUGCCAUCGGGGGAUUAGAAGUUACUGAUAUGAAGGAGGUGUUUGAGUUGAAGAAGUUGAGAGUACUCGAUUUGUCGAGUAGGGAAUGUCUCUGCUGUCUCCGUAACCUACUCGAAUAUUUCCUUUCAUGCCACAAAGUGCUCCCUGACCUCCGAUUUAUCGAUUGUUCCGGAAACUUUGCUAAUCCUGAUAUGAUUGCCAAUCUGCUAGAGACACAUAAGACACUACAGCAAGUCGGGUUGAUAGGAUUAGACCGUGACUUUCCGGAUUUUCCCGACGUCAAACUCCUCACCUUCACCACGAUGCGAGCCUCCAUUGAAGCUAUCCACCACUACACGACUACCAAGAAUUAUUCGGCGAUAGUUGCGAUUUUAAAGAAGAUUUCAGACAUUUUGGUAGAGAAUUACGACGGGGAGACGGAGGUGACACUUAGAGAAUGUUUUUAUGCAUUGUGUCGGGUUAUCAAGGAGUUUCCGGAUGGGCAGAGUUUGCACAAGUUGGUCACUGAAUGUUUGAGAAUUAUGUGUCGCGACACCCGCAUCUACAUGCUCUCCGUCUCCGAACGUCACGACCUAGUCAACACUCUCUUCACAAUCUGUGACCACUGGCCAACGUACAAACAAGAUUUCGAGCAAUCCGAAACUAUUCACAACGUGUGGAGAAUGUUCCAAAACCUCUCAUUCCUUAUGACCAAAAAUUUGAAUUACCGCCGGAUUUUCGAGACAGCAAUGGAGUAUGUGAUGGAUGAGGGGACGAUGAUUGGAUACAUUGAGGGAUGCUGUCUGAAAGUGAUGGGGGCGUCGGUAGAUCAAAUGAGUCCUUCAGAUCAAUUAUCGAUUUUCGUGAACCGUCAGACGUGUAGACACCUUCUUGAUCUACUCAACAAGUCUUACAAACUGAAUCGCCACGAAAUUUAUCGAUUAGUUCUCGGAAUCCUAUACAAAAUGGUUGCUCAAUGCCCGGAGGUGUUUGUGGAGAUGGGCGGAGUCUGGAUAUUAAUUGGACACUUGAAAAAGUUCAACUAUUAUGAUAGCUUGUGCAUGUUGAGGAUAUUGGUGACGAGUAAGCAGCAGAAAAUUGUCCAGGAGAUGGGAAAGACGGAUAAUGUGCAGAGAUUGGUCCGCUUCCUUCAAGCCUGUGCCACUGAGCUCGACGUCUCUCCCAACACCUACAUGAUCAAGGAGAAGACCUUCAUACUCGCCUCGAUUCUCAGCGAGAUCAUCUUCCAUUCGAAAGAGAGCCAUCUGAAGACAAUCUACUGGAGAACGGUGACCAGAAUACUUCGGGAAGUGCUCAUCAAGCUCUCCGGAGCCCCCACUUGUUCCAUCGACACCAUUUUCUUUGAGACUUACUAUGAGACACCACGAGGAGAGGAUCUCAUGGAGACACCGAUUGAGUAUUUGAAAAGAAAUCGAGAUGAGCGGGGAUGUUGUUUAUAUUGUUUACUCCAAGGAGUCUAA